AAGGCUUUCAGUGACAUCUGAGGGUAGUUUGUGACCAGCAGGCAUGGGAAACAGCUCUCUUUGGGAUGAUCUGAACAGCACCUGCAGCAAUGCAGGCAACAGCUGCUACCUGGACAACAGUAUGAGGUUCAACUUAACCUUCCAAGAACAGGCAGCUGAUUUCUAUGUUGUCCUCCCUGUGAUUUACUCUGUGAUCUGUGCUGUUGGGCUCACAGGCAACACUGCUGUCAUCUAUGUGAUCCUCAAGGCCCCCAAGAUGAAGACUGUGACAAACAUGUUCAUCCUGAACCUUGCUAUAGCUGAUGACUUGUUCACACUUGUCUUGCCCAUUAAUAUUGCUGAACACCUCCUCCACUACUGGCCCUUUGGAGAAGUCCUCUGCAAGGUUAUCUUGUCCAUAGACCACUACAAUAUCUUCUCCAGCAUUUACUUCCUAACAGUGAUGAGCAUAGACAGGUAUCUGGUAGUACUGGCUACAGUCAGGUCCAAGAGGAUGCCACAUCGUACAUACCGAGCAGCCAGGAUCGUCAGUUUGUGCAUCUGGAUCCUAGUCACCAUCAUAGUUCUCCCUUUCGUCAUCUUUGCCAAUGUCUACAUAGAUGACCUGGAGAUCAAGAGUUGUGGUCUCAAUUUCCCCAAGCCUGAAAGGUUUUGGUUCAAAGCCAGCAGGAUCUAUACCCUCAUUCUUGGCUUCGCCAUUCCAGUAUCCACCAUCUGCAUCCUCUACACCAUGAUGCUCUACAAGCUAAGGAACAUGCACUUGAACUCUAAUGCUAAAGCCCUGGACAAAGCCAAGAAGAAAGUCACUAUUAUGGUCUUCAUAGUCCUAGCUGUGUGCCUCUUCUGUUGGACCCCCUUCCACCUGGCCACCAUUGUGGCUUUGACUACUGACUUGCCCCAGACCUCCAUGGUCAUCGGUAUAUCCUACUUCAUCACCAGCCUAAGCUAUGCCAAUUCAUGCUUGAAUCCUUUCUUGUAUGCUUUCCUGGAUGACAGUUUUCGGAAAAGUUUCCGGAAGAUGCUAGAAUGCAGAACUUCUUGAACA